AUGAAGAGGUCAAGAGAUGAGGUCCAUAUGGCUGCGCAGCUUAAACGGCCCAUGAUCGCGUCCAGAGGAGAAACUUCGGGGCACCCACAGAUGCUGGGAGGAGUUGGAGCAGCAGUAGCUGCGGGUGCUGGAGGAGUAGGAGGAGGAGCAGCAGCUGCAGCAGGAGGGGUAGUUGCAGCCCAGAAGCUUACCACGAAUGAUGCACUGACUUAUCUCAAGGCUGUAAAGGAAAUAUUUCAGGACAAGCGGGACAAAUAUGAUGAUUUUCUUGAGGUUAUGAAAGAUUUCAAAGCUCAAAGAAUUGACACUGCCGGCGUCAUAGGAAGGGUGAAGGACUUAUUUAAAGGGCAUCGUGACCUAAUUUUGGGUUUUAAUACCUUCUUGCCUAAGGGGUAUGAAAUCACUCUUCCACUGGAAGGCGAACAACCUCCACAGAAGAAGCCAGUGGAGUUUGAAGAAGCAAUUAGUUUUGUUAACAAAAUUAAGACAAGGUUUCAGGGUGAUGAUCACGUUUACAAAGCUUUUUUAGAUAUUUUGAACAUGUACAGAAAGGAUAACAAAUCUAUCACAGAGGUUUACGAGGAGGUGGCUACACUUUUCAAAGACCACCACGAUCUACUUCGGGAGUUUACUCACUUUCUACCUGAUAAUUCUGCUUCAGCCUCUACUCAUUUUGUUUCUUCGAAUAGGAACUCUAUUCUUCGUGAUAGGAGCUCUGCAAUGCGUCAAAUGCAUGUUGACAAGAAAGAACGGACUCAUCCUGAUCGUGAUUUCAGUGUUGAUCGCCCUGAUCCAGACCAUGAUAGGGCUCUGAUGAGAGCAGCAGAUAAAGAGCAAAGGAGGCGAGUUGAAAAAGAAAAAGAGAGAAGGGAAGAUAGAGAUAGGAGAGAACGUGAUGACAGAGACUAUGAGCAUGAUGCAAAUCAUGACUAUAGCAUGCAACGGUUUCCUAAUAAGCGGAAACCUGGUCGUAAGUUGGAAGAUUCUGGUGCUGAGCAUCAUGUUGGCGUGGGGGAUGAUAAAUAUGGAAUGCAUCCCAUGUCAUCAAAUUAUGAUGAUAAAAGUGCUGUUAAAAGUGCGUUGAGCCAAGAGCUAGCUUUCUGUGAGAAAGUGAAGGAGAAGUUGCGUAAUCCUGAUGCUUACCAGGAAUUUUUGAGGUGCCUCCAUCUUUACACGGAAGAAAUAAUCACUCCACCAGAGUUACAAUCUUUGGUGGGAGAUUUAAUUGGAAGAUAUCCUGAUCUUAUGGAUGGCUUCAAUGACUUUUUGUCACGUUGUGAAAAGAAUGAGGGCCUACUUGCUGGCGUUGUGAGAAAAAGUAAUUUCCCUAGACCUGUGAAGGCAGAGGACAGGGACGGAGAGCGUGUGCUCGAGAGGGAUGAUGGGGCCAAAGAAAGGGAUCGUGAAAUGCGAGAAAGAGAUAGACUUGACAAAAAUGUAGCCUUUAGCAAUAAAGACACAGGAAGUCACAAGAUGCCCUUGUAUUCUAGCAAGGACAAGUUUUUGUGGAAACCUGUCAGUGAACUUGACCUAUCUAACUGUGACAGCUGCACUCCAAGUUACCGACUUCUCCCAAAGAAUUAUCCCAUUCCUAUGGCAAGCGCAAAGAAAGGGAUUGGUGCUGAAGUUCUGAAUGAUCAUUGGGUAUCUGUCACUUCUGGAAGUGAAGAUUACUCGUUCAAGCACAUGCGCAAGAACCAGUAUGAAGAAAGCCUAUUCCGAUGUGAAGAUGACAGGUUUGAGCUGGAUAUGUUGUUGGAAUCUGUCAACGCAACUACCAAACGUGUCGAAGAGUUGUUGGAGAAAAUCAACAACACAAACAAAGGAGAUGGUCCCAUUUGUCUUGAAGAGCACCUAACAGCUCUCAAUCUGAGGUGCAUUGAACGUUUAUACGGCGACCAUGGACUUGAUGUAAUGGACGUAUUAAGAAAGAACGCUUCUCCCGCUUUGCCUGUGAUAUUAACUCGUUUGAAGCAGAAACAAGAAGAGUGGGCUAGAUGUCGUGCAGAUUUCAACAAAGUUUGGGCUGAAAUCUACUCUAAGAACUAUCACAAAUCACUUGAUCAUAGGAGCUUCUAUUUCAAGCAGCAGGAUACAAAGAGCUUGAGCACCAAAGCUCUUUUGGCAGAGAUAAAAGAAAUUAGUGAGAACAAGCGCAAAGAGGAUGACAUGCUGCUAGCAUUUGCUGCUGGAAACAGGCGUCCAAUCGUACCUAAUUUGGAAUUUGAGUAUCCCGAUCUUGAUGUUCAUGAGGAUCUGUAUCAGCUAAUCAAGUACUCCUGUGGGGAAGUUUGUACAACUGAACAGCUCGAUAAGGUCAUGAAGAUUUGGACCACUUUCUUAGAACCAAUGCUUGGUGUUCCUUCUCGACCUCAAGGUGCGGCAGAGGACACUGAAGAUGUCGUGAAGGCAAAGCCUCUUUCUCCCAAGCACGGAGAUAGUGAUGGAAACCCAAGCGGUUUUGCUGCCAUGGACAGCUCAAAAAACAUGGUAAAUCCUUCAAGAAAUGGAGAAGAAAUUAUCCAACCUGAGCAGCAAUCAAGUUCAACUAAAGUCUGGUUAGAUAAUGGGGUUAAAGAAAACGGUUCUCCUGUCACGACCAACCAUGCUGCUCGUAAAAAUGAUACUUUGUGCAGUACCCUUCAGCAUGAUAGUAAGUUACAGAUUGCUCCGUCUGCAGCUUCCGAAUCUUCUGGGGCUGGUAAGCAACCUACUUCAGGCGAACGGUUGGCUAAUUCAAGUCCUUCACUUGCUACAGUGGUGGAGUUAAGUAAUGGAAAAGCAAAUCCUGAAUCAGGUCCUGUUGCUGCUUCAUCAAAACCAAGUAAUGGUGUCACUAGUGGUGGUGGGAUUGCAGUAGGUUCCAGUAAAGAAGUUUUGCCACCAACAGAGGCUGGUGAAUUUUCUAGGCCAGUCGUAUCAACAAAUGUGGUUGCGGUAGAGGGUAGUAAAGGUCAGAGAUACAAUGAAGAAUCAAAUGUGCAGUUCAAAAUUGAAAGAGAGGAGGGGGAGUUGUCUCCAAAUGGAGGAGAUUUUGAGGAGGAUAAUUUUGCUGCAGUUUAUGGAGAAGCUGGUUCAGAGGUUGUUAGUGCUGCAAAUAAACCUAAUAGAGAGAGUGGCGCUCCUAGCAGCAGCAGGCAUUAUAAAGGACAAAAGAAUGUGGAAGCAGUUGAAACGCAAAAUGGAGAGGCAGCAGGAGAGAAUGAUGCUGAUGAUGAAGGUGAGGAAAGUGCUCAAAGGUCAUCAGAGGACAGUGAAAAUGCCUCCGAAAAUGUUGCCGAUGUCUCCGGGAGUGAGUCUGGUGAUGGUGAAGAGUGCUCCAGGGAAGAAGAGCAUGAAGAAGAAGAUGGGGAUCAUGAUGAUGAGAAUGAUAAUAAGGCUGAGAGUGAAGGUGAGGCCGAAGGAAUGGCUGAUGCUCAUGAUGUUGAGGGAGAUGGGACAACAGUUUUACCAUUUUCAGAAAGAUUCCUUCUCAAUGUGAAACCUCUAGCAAAGCAUGUCCCUCCGGCAUUGCGGGACAGAGAAAAGGGUUCAAGAGUUUUCUAUGGGAAUGAUUCGUUUUAUGUGCUUUUUAGACUUCACCAAACUUUGUACGAAAGGAUACAGUCUGCAAAGAUCAACUCAUCAUCUGCUGACAGGAAAUGGAGAGCAGCUUCAAAUGACACAAGUUCCACCGAUCUGUAUGCUAGGUUUAUGAGUGCUCUUUACAACCUGCUUGACGGAUCUUCUGACAACACAAAAUUUGAGGAUGACUGCCGAGCAAUAAUUGGGACACAGUCCUAUGUCUUAUUUACUUUGGAUAAGCUUAUAUAUAAGCUAGUCAAACAGCUCCAAACAUUGGCAACUGAUGAGAUGGACAAUAAGCUACUGCAGUUAUAUGCUUAUGAAAAAUCGAGAAAUGCUGGAAGGUUUGUUGACAUAGUUUAUCAUGAGAACACACGCGUCCUCCUUCAUGACGAGAAUAUAUACAGAGUUGAAUGUUCUUCCGAGCCAACCCGGUUGUCCAUACAGCUGAUGGACUUUGUACAUGACAAGCCUGAGGUAACUGCAGUUUCCAUGGAUCCAAACUUUUCUAUGUACCUCCAGAGUGACUUCCUCUCCGUUGUUCCGGAGAAGAAAGAGAAGCCUGGGAUUUUUCUGAAGAGGAACAAACGUAGGAAUGCCGUUGGUGAUGAAUUCCAAGCCAUGGAAGGAUUUCAGAUUUUCAACGGUUUAGAGUGCAAAAUUGCUUGCAAUUCUUCCAAGGUAUCGUAUGUUUUAGACACGGAAGAUUAUCUGUUUCGGACGAGAAGAAAAGGAAGGAGAACCCUCCCACAGAACUGUUCGCCAUCCCUCAGUAAUCAGGGAAAGAGCUGCGAAAGACGAGAGCGGUUCCAAAGAUGGUUAUCUAGGUCAUAG